AUGGCUGCGGGCUCGUCCACGGUCUGGGCCGCGCACCACCACGCCUGCAGCGGCGGCGGCAGGUUCCACCACCCGUCGCCGUCCCACUCCCACCACCACCGCCCGCGCCGCGUCCUCCUUCCCCCACCGCCGCCGUUCCCCGCGAGGCGGGGCGGCGCGUCGCUCGCGCGGCCGCCGCGCGCCAGUCUCGUCGCCGCCGCCGCGCCCGCGGUGGCGGUGAGGACGGCGUCGGAGGAGGCCGUGUACGAGGUCGUGCUGCGGCAGGCGGCACUCGUGAAGACCGCGGCGCCGCAGCGGCGGCGGACGACGCGGCGGGAGCAGCCGCGGUGGGCGGAGGAGAAGGAGGAGGAGGAGGGGGUCGUUGGCUGGGGCCUCCUCGGCGACGCCUACGAUCGCUGCGGCGAGGUCUGUGCCGAGUACGCCAAGACCUUCUACCUCGGCACACAGCUCAUGACUCCUGAGAGGCGCAAAGCCGUCUGGGCGAUCUACGUGUGGUGCAGAAGAACUGAUGAGCUAGUGGACGGUCCUAACGCAUCUUACAUCACGCCGACUGCUCUUGAUCGCUGGGAGAAGCGAUUGGAGGAUCUCUUUGAAGGGCGCCCAUAUGAUAUGUACGACGCCGCCCUCUCAGACACAGUGUCAAAGUUUCCUGUUGAUAUUCAGCCGUUCAAAGAUAUGAUCGAAGGAAUGAGGCUGGACUUAUGGAAGUCGAGGUACACGACCUUUGAUGAGCUCUACCUCUACUGCUACUACGUCGCUGGCACGGUUGGCCUCAUGACAGUUCCUGUCAUGGGCAUUGCCCCCGACUCCAAGGCCUCAACUGAGAGCGUGUACAAUGCUGCACUGGCUCUUGGCAUUGCUAACCAGCUGACGAAUAUUCUCAGAGAUGUAGGCGAAGAUGCGAGGAGGGGGAGAAUAUACCUUCCCUUGGACGAGCUUGCACAGGCAGGUCUGACAGAAGAGGACAUAUUCAGAGGGAAAGUGACAGAUAAGUGGAGGAGGUUCAUGAAGGGCCAGAUUCAGCGUGCCCGGUUGUUCUUUGAUGAGGCUGAGAAGGGCGUCGCCCAUCUAGACUCUGCUAGUAGAUGGCCGGUUCUCGCUUCUCUGUGGCUGUACAGGCAGAUCCUUGAUGCCAUUGAGGCAAACGACUAUGACAACUUCACCAAGCGUGCGUACGUCGGCAAGGCGAAGAAGCUGCUGUCAUUACCGGUUGCAUAUGCAAGGGCAGCUGUUGCGUCAUGA